AUGACGCCCACCAAAAAACCGCUCGAAAGGACCCCCACCAAAUACCCGCUCGAAACGACGACCAAAUACCGUGUCCACCUCCCCAAGUGGAACUAUGACAACCCGUCGAAGCAACUGAUGCUGGAUUUGGCUGCGGAACUCGAGAAAGUCAAAAUUUUCAACGAGGACCUCAAGAAGGUCCACGCAUACGAGCUCAAGCUCAAGUUUGAAAGGCUUGAGGAAAUCGACCGUCAGAAGGCAGCCAUCCACAAUGCUGCCCUGGAUGAGGUCGAAGCCCACCAUGAUCGGAUUCGUGCAGAGGCCGAGGCCCUCCUAGCAGAGCACUAUCGGGCCGAAGAAGAGGAGCGCAAACGCAAAGAGGAAGAGGCCCGCAAGGAGAAGGAGCGCAUCGAACGCGAGGAAGCUGAGAAGCGUCGCCGCGAGCAAGAAGAGGCUGCGCGCCUCGAAGCAGAGCGACAAGCCAAGGUAGCUGCCGAGAAGAAGGCCGCAGAAGAGGCCGAACAAGCUCGCAAGGCCGCACAGGAGGAGAAGGAACGUCAGGAGAAGGCGAAGCGCGAGGAGCUUGAGGCUGCCAAGCGCAAGGAAGCAGAAGAGAUUCGGAAGGCCAAAGAAGAGGCUGACCGUCAAGCCCACGCCGAGCAACAGAAGAAGGUAGGUGGUGGCGCUCUAACAUCGGAGGAAAUCAAAGCCCACGAGCGCUACUUGCAAAUCCAUAAGGAUCUGAAAGAAUUCCGGGCUUCGAUUCGUGAUUUCGGCAAACAGAACCAAGCCGUUAAGAACGCCACUGGUGACAUGCGCCGUGCCAUCAAGAAGUGCAUCGGACAACUACGCGACGGAAAAGGUGCAAACCAGCAACAGGUACGUCCCAGUAUCCAGAUCAAAGGCUCGAGUCUCUCGUUCAACGUUAACGAAUGUAAUCAAACAAAGACUCGGGCGAUCCGGGAUCAGCUGGAGAAGAUUCUCACUGUCCAAGGGCCUACUGUCGACCUUCGUCGAUUCAUCGCCUUCCCCCCUGCACAAAUUGCCAGCACUGAACAAAAUGUUCCAGCUCUGCUGAUCUACGGUCUCAACAUCUUUGCAAAGGCCUUGGUUUCCGGCCUCAUCAACGAGGCGGCCCUGCAUCCCACCCACGCAGAGCCCAUCGGAAUCCUGGCCGCCCAGAUUUUCUCUAUGGACCAGUUCUCCUAUCAGAAAAUCCCCAUGUCCGACAUCCUCUGGGCUAAAUUCCGCGCCGUCUGCCCAGCCUUGUGGGGCUUCAAUGGUAACAGCAAAACCGAGGAGGGUCGCCGUGCACUGGGCUGGCGCCGGGUAGAGCAAGGUGGGCCGUACAUUAAGGAACAGGAACACCUGGACCGGAUGACAGCUCUUGGAGCUGGCUUUGCCGCCAUCACUCUUCGCAAUUUCGGCAAAACCCCGCGAGACAACCCGUUCCCUAACACCAUCUUCUGGUCCUCCAUCCGCAAGCUUCUGCACAUUCCCCCCUCGGAGCUUUCGGAUACUCAUGUCAUGCUCAUCAAGGCGAUGCUUCAGAACUCGGGAGAGCGCAUUAUCGGUUUUUGGGGGGUUUUGGGCACGUGGAUUCUGCGCAAAGCGGUCAUCGACUUGCCUGCGCAGCUUCCACAAACUAUGGCGGUCCACCAGUUGCGUCUCCUCCAGGAUACAUAUCGGGAUGAUCGGAAGAUGAUUUUCUGA